UAUAAGCCCUUUAGUAAUAAACCAAAACUAAAUAAACCGUUUAAUUCCUCCUCAUCACCAACUUCAGAAUUCUGAUCAUCACGGUUUCAACAACCAUGGCUGUAUCACCAAGUAAUCUCUUCGCAUCAAUAGACAUGGGUACAAACUCAUUCAAAAUGUUAAUAAUCCAAGCCGACCCAUCAUCCGGAAAAUUCCUCGCAGUCGAUCGCCACAAAAACCCAGUCUGCCUCGGCCGUGAUUUUUCCAUUUCCAAUUCAAUCUCGCCGGAAUCCCAUUGCCGAGCUCUCAAUUGCCUCAAGGACUUCAGCCAGAUUCUAAAAUCCAACAAAAUCUCACCGAGUCAAACUCGCUGUGUCGCCACUGCAGCAAUGCGCGAGGCGAGCAACUCGGUUGAGCUACUCAGUGCAAUUAAUGAAAGCACUGGAUUAGAAGUGUCUGUUUUGUCCGGUGAAGAGGAGGCACGGUUUAUUUAUCAGGGUAUGCUUCAAUUUUUAAACUUGUUUAAUAAAAGAGUGUUGGUGAUUGAUAUUGGUGGUGGGUCUACUGAGUUUGUUAUAGGGGAAAAAGGGGCGGUUAUUUUUGGUGUUUCUUUGAAAUUAGGGCAUGUGGGUUUGACUCAGAAGCUUUGUAAUAAUGGUAAUAAGGUAUCAGAUGUAAGAGAUUUUGUUAAGUUAGUUAUUAAGGAAUCCGGGUUAGUUGAGAAAGUUAAGAAAAUUGGGUUUGAAGUUGUUGUGGGGACUUCAGGGACUGUUAGAGCUGUCGAAAAGGCGGUUUUUUACGGUUAUGGGCGAGAUUUGGGUUGUGAUUAUGAGGAUUUGUUUAGUAAUUGUAAGAGGGAUUGGAAGUUCAGUGAUGGAGAAUUGAAGAGCGUUGUUGAAAGUUUGUGUAUGGAAGGAGAGAGUGAGAAGAGUAGGAGAGACGGGUUUUUUAAGAGGAGAUCGGAGUUUAUUGUUGCUGGUGCGGUUUUACUGGACGAGAUAUUUGGUAUGCUUGGAGUUGAGGAGAUGGAGGUUUCUGGUUAUGCAUUGGCGGAGGGUGUUAUUGCUGAAACUUUGGGUAGGGUUUUUCAGGGUUAUGAUUUGAAUGCUAAUGCGAGGUGGCUUUCUGUUGUAAGGCUUGCUACGAGGUUUAGUGAUAAGAAGAGAAUGAAAGCUGCCACACAAUGUGCACGCAUUGCCAAUGUGAUGUUUGAGGGCUUGAGAAAAUGGCUAUUGAUUGCUGACGAUCAAGUUAAAUUUAGCCUCUGCUUGGAUGAAAAGAGUCUUGAAUGUCUUGAAGCUGCCUGUUUGCUUCACAACAUAGGGCUCUCUGUUGGUAAAAAGGGUUACCAUAAGCAGACUUAUCGAAUUAUUUUGAAUGGCAAUUGUCUUCAAGGUCUUAGUGCUGAAGAGGUCAAGUUAAUAGCUCUACUCACAAGGCAUCACAGGAAGAAAUUCCCAGAGUCUGAACAUUCCAAUAUGGAUGAUAUAUCUGAAGAGAUAAAGAAGAGAUUUAGGAUUCUAUGUGUCAUUUUGCGCAUAUCCGUCAUUUUACCGAAGAAUGACUCUUUAAACUUCCAAGAUAUGGAAUUUUCACAUUCUCAUGAAGGAUUCAAACUGGUAAUCAGGGAAGCCACGGACCCAAUUGCCUUUUCAGUCGGAGAGGAGAUCGAGAAAUCUCUUAAAAAAGAGUUAUCAUUGUUUAAAACUGUUUUCCAACAGCAAUUGUUGGUUGAGGUUCUACCUUGCACUUCAGAAUCAUCAAAUAUAUGAAAAUACUCGACACCUAUCACCGUCGUCACUGUAAUAAUUCAGUUGAUACAUGCUGAAUUGCUGAUUAUAUUUGGAAUGGGCCAUUACCUAUGUAAAUUUAUUGCUGAAAAUAUCAUCUCCUUAGGAGCUUUAGUUGAGCAGUGUCAGAGAGAUGGGGACUGUGAGAUGCGAAAUUAUGUCAUGUAUUUUGCAGGAGGGCAGUAGUUGCUUAUAUUGUGUGAUGCAAUAGGCCUUCAUUUCCGUUAUUGGCUGCGUCUUCCAUUAUCAUUCACAACUCUCGCAGUAACAGCAGAAAAAGUCGACACGUCAAGGCUACAACCAUCGGCGAUGGCUACUUCAGUCAUCAAGAAUCUUCGAUGAUUGGCAGUUGAAAACACGGCAGAUUAUGACACAGUUAAAAUAUUAGUUUUGCAGAGGCAGGUGCAGAGGCUAACAGCUGAUGCACAACAACAACAAAAGCAUAUUUAAUUGAUUAAUUUAUGUAAUAAUGAUAAGUAUUUAGGAUAAGUUCUUUACGUGUAUCUGAUGUGUUAUGAAAGCUAUAGCAUGGUCCUCCUUCUAA